CAACACAAAAUGGUAUGGACAGUAGGAACAAGAAAUGUCCGCCUUGACCGACAGGCCGGUGACACUAAUCAGUCGUCAUCGGGAAUUGCGGUUGGAAACAAUGAAGGUAGCCUAAACCAGUCAAGUGGCACCACAGCCACUGGACAGAGUGCCGGCCGCAGCUCACAGGCCGCAGCUCACAGGCCGCAAAUGCCGUCGCCGUAG